UGGGAAGGCCCCGCAGCCCUGACUCCGCCCCCAUUGGGUUGGAAAUUCUGACCCCUCCCCUAGCCUAGCAAGCCCAGGCGAGAGUAAGAAACAAAAGUGAAAGGAACCGUUUUCCAAUCCCCUCAUCCUGGGACCAGGAACUUGGAAGUAGGUGGAGGGAAGUUGGCCCGCCUGGACCCAGGGGCGACAGUUUUGUGACUACACCCCCUUUGCCAUCACUCCCUCCCCACCCUCUCCCACCCCAGUUGCCUUAGACCCUGACCGCCAGCUAACUUGUUUAGCCUUCAGCGCUCGCGACUGCCACCCCGCUCGUACUCUUUCCCCUCUUGCCUUCUCUCCUCCUCGGCUAGGACUGCCUCCAGGGCUAGAGCCCGGCGCCUCCUCCUUCUCCGGGUCCGCCCGUCUGGCCGACUGCCCGCUUGGUAUUAUCACCUACGCUGUGGCCCAGCACAUGUCCAGUCCCCGCGGGUGCCACAGGCAUCGCCGCAGCACCUCUGGUACCGGCUCUCGACGGCAGGAUGCUGUGUUUCCUAAAAGGGAUGGCCUUUGUCCCUUUCCUCCUGGUAACCUGGUCCUCUGCUGCAUUUAUCAUCUCCUAUGUGAUAGCUGUGCUCUGCGGACACGUCAACCCUUUCCUUCCAUAUAUCAGUGACACAGGAACAACCCCUCCUGAGAGUGGUAUCUUUGGAUUCAUGAUCAACUUUUCUGCAUUUCUUGGUGCAGCCACUAUGUACACAAGAUACAAAAUUGUGGAGAAGCAAAAUCAAACUUGUUACUUCGGUAGUCCAAUUGUUAAUCUUGUGUCAUUAGUCCUUGGACUGGUGGGCUGUAUUGGAAUGGGCAUUGUGGCCAAUUUUCAGGAGUUGACUGUUCCCGUGGUCCAUGAUGGAGGUGCACUGCUGGCUUUUGUCUGUGGUGUUAUCUACACUCUCCUUCAGUCUGUCAUCUCUUACAAGUCCUGCCCACAGUGGAACAGGCUUUCGACCUGCCAUAUAAGGAUGGCCAUUUCCACCGUGUCAUGUGCUGCUGUUAUUCCCAUGAUUGCCUGUGCCUCACUAAUUUCUAUAACAAAGCUGGAAUGGAAUCCAGAUGAAAAGGAUUAUAUAUAUCAUGUAGUAAGCGCAAUCUGUGAAUGGACAGUGGCUUUUGGCUUCAUUUUCUUCUUCCUGACUUUUAUCCAGGACUUUCAGAAUGUCACUUUAAGGAUAUCCACUGAAAUAAAUGAUGACUGCUAAAGAAAGAAGACUUCUCUUUUAGUCAGUGCAUCUUGUGAACUUGGAAACCAACCAGUGAUGGCAGAGAAAUCAGGCUUCAAUGUUGACCUGAUCCAAGGGCCCUGCACAAAGUCUAGGACUUGAAUUCCUCCCUGCAAAUCCCUGUAUUUGUACUUGUCCCAAAGGUGUAUUUCCAGAAAGCUAGACUAGAAGGUUGUAGAAAUAUUCCAUAUUUUUCUAAGAAGACAUUUUAAAAUAUAUACGAACAUAAACAUAAUGCACAAAAAGACUCCUUAUUUCAAAAAGUGAGAGUGCUCUAUUUUUAUACCAAUCUUAGGAAGCUGUUUAAAGCUUUAGAAGAGGACAAAUAUUUCAUUCUUUUCUAUUAACUUUUAUUUUUUUAAAGAAUAGAUUGCCCAAUUUUACAACGAGGACAUUUAUAAAAUCCAGAUAGUCAUAGUAAUAUUUUCAAUUAUGUCAUAUCUAAAAAGAUCUUGGUAAACAUAUUAACAACACUGAAUGGGCUAGUGGUGCCAAAAUCAAGUAGAAAUGGAGUCCUACAGGUUAGGGAUUGACUUAGAAAACCACAAAUUUACAUGGUCUAUUUUGUAUUUUAUUUUUACUUAGUUUGUUACAUAUUUUCCAAUUUCAUUUCAAUCUGUGAUCCAUCAGGAAUUUUGAAGCUGUGAGUUUGAUACCUCUCAGCCAAGGAACUCCUCAUAUUUUCAGAUAACUUGAUAGUAAAUGCUUCAGUGAGAGGUACUAAUUCCAUGUGUGGGUAUUAACUUUAAGUGUCCCUCCAAGACCAUAGCUCUGAAAUCCUAAAAAUUCAGUAAGGGAUUUCAGCCUUUGGCCCUAACGGUGGCCACUGGGGGGCAAGACUCAUUGUACCAAGAAUCCUCCUCACCCAGGACAAAGAGGCUGUGUAAGAACUUAGGAAUUUAAAACUGAAAUUAUAAAUCAGCAAUGGAACCAAGUUAAGAUGGGGAUGGGAAAUGAGGGAAACGAACGAAUGAAGCAGAACUUUUCUAAUGGUUUUAUAUCUAGCACUUUUUCAAAUGAGUAGGGGAAGGAAAGGGUGAGAUUUCUAUUAAGAAUAAAACUCUAAAAAAAUGGGAAAAGCCUUUAAGUUUUUAGAAAUAUCAUCACUAAUUGCAGUGUAACAAAAGAAUAUUACUCAGUACUUUUUAUUUUAUACCCUCAUAUACAUACAUACAUAUAUAAAGAGAGAGAUGAGGGGCAGGAUGGAGGUAGAGGCAAACAUUUUUUCCAAGGAUAUGUUUAUGUAGUCUUUGGUCUCUUUUUUGUUUCUGUUAUGCCUAGGAUGAAUGCUAGAGAAAAAAGUCUACAGAAAUCCCAAGGUAAUCAAAGGGCUCCAUAAAUCCAUGCCUCAGUGCUCUCUCUCUCACUCUGUCUCUGUUUCUGUUUCUGUCUCUUUCUCUCUGUCUCUGUCUCUCUGUCUCUCUGUCUCUCUGUCUCUCUCUCUCUCUCUCUCUCUCUCUCUCUCACACACACACACACACACACACACACACACACACACACACGUUCCUUUACUUGCUCUAUAUUUUCUCGACCUCCUCCAACCCAAAGGAAAUUCAUUAGUGAAGAAACACCACAAAGUAGAAGAGGACGACUUGCCUUGUAAGGUUGGUUUGGAGACCAUGAUGAAAAAGAUGAGAUCCAUUUAUCAGUUAUGGACACCCAUGAUUGGAAAAAGAAGGCCAAAUGUCGGGUGCCAGUUAGUUGAGUUCUCAGGACAUGCAGCAAGGGCAGCCUGAUCAGUUUUUUUUUUUUUUAAUCUUGGUGGGAAUCUGGAAAAUGGUGAGCAAAGAAUAGAGACUCAAUAAAUACUCUGUUGAUUGAUGGGCUGAACAAAAUGCCUUAUGAGGUCCUUUCUAACUCUGAGAUUAUAUGAUUGAUUAUUUGAUAUCACUUGGCUAAGGGGACUCAGAUCCAAGUCAGGCAUUCAUAUAAAUCAUAAAUAACUACUUUGUCUCCCCCCACAUGGGAACUGUAGCCAUUUCAACAUUCAUUACAAUGGGCAAUAAUACUGUAAGAUCUUCAAGUGUCAUUGAAGUGUGGGAUGAACUCCUAGUUUAAGUUUUUUUCCCAUUAUAAUGAGAAAGAUGAACACUUUACUUAUUUAUAUAGGACUUACGCUAAGUGAGAUACCUUAUAAUGGGGUUUAACUCUUUAAUUUUCAUAUUCUACUAGUUUUUGAUAGCCAACUUGAGUGUAUAUUGUAUAUUUCCUUUGUGUACUGUAAACAUUUGUACUUCAUGUGGGUUUCACCAUUUUGGAGCAAUUCCCUCCAACGUAGAAAGUUAUAGCAGAAACUGAACUUUUCUGUGUUAUAUUGAGUUAUUAUAUGACCUAGGUAAAAAUGGCGCAUCUUGGCAUUGGGGGCAGUUCUGCCAAAUGUAACCCAAAGCUAGUCUUGUCCAUACCUUUAUGGAAUUUUCAAUACCCAUGAAGUCAUGCUUCUUUUUUGAUACCUCAUGGCCUGAUACAUUUAAAUAAAAGAAAUAUUCCUCUGUCUGUUGUGUCUGUGUCUA